AUGGAGUUGGAUAGCAUUCUAGGAUAUCUGGAGAGCAAGACCAUCUUAGUUACUGGAGCCACUGGCUUAUUAGGAAUGGUAUUUGUGGAGAAGAUACUAAGGGUUCAACCAAAUAUUGGAAAGCUCUACCUUCUUAUAAGAGCUUCUGAUGCCAACUCUGCCACACAUCGCAUGCGCAAUGAGAUUAUAGAGAAAGAGUUAUUUAGGGUUCUUAGAGAAAAAUGGGGCACAGAUUUUGAAUCCUUCAUUUCAAAAAAAGUAGUUGCUAUUCCGGGAGACGUAGCUUCUGCAGAACUAGGAGUGAAAGGAUUUGAAUUGAGGGAACGAAUGUGCAAUGAAAUACAAAUUAUACUUCAUUCUGCAGCAACCGUGGAUUUUAAUGACAGGUAUGAUAUUGCUUUGGAUGUGAAUACAUUUGGGGUUCUGCAUGUGUUGAACUUUGCGAAGAAGUGUUUGAAACUAGAAAUGCUUGUUCACAUAUCAACUGCUUAUGUGGGAGUCGGAAGGAGUGGCCUUAUACUGGAGGACUCCUCUCCAAUGGAUGAGCUGAUAAAGGAAAUCACUAAAUCUGACUUGAAAGUAUUGGAAAGGAAUAUGGCGGUGGACAAAUUAAAUGAACUAAAAGCACAAAAUGCUUCAGAAAAGGUUAUUACGAAUAAAAUGAAGGACCUGGGCGUUGCAAGGUCAAAGUUGUAUGGUUGGCCAACUACUUAUUUGUUUACAAAAGCGAUGGCAGAAGUAUAUCUUGAACAAUCAAAAGGUAAUUUACCCAUUACCAUCAUACGCCCAACUGUAGUUACGAGCACUUACAAGGAACCAUUUCCAGGUUGGCAUCAAGGUUACAGAACCGUUAAUAGCGUAAUCGGUACUUUUUGGAAAGGGGCACUGACAUGCUUGCCUAUAGAUCCUACAGCUGUAAUGGAUUUGGUGAGUUUCAUACCAUUUUAG